AUGGCAGUGCCAAAGCAGCAAGAGCUAGAUCGAAUCUCAGCACUACCGGGACAACCACCAGUGUCUUUCUCGCAGUUUUCUGGUUAUGUGACGGUCAACGAGCAUCACGGCCGAGCUCUCUUUUACUGGUUGACUGAAGCUGCUACUGUUUCUCCUCACAACAAACCCCUCGUUCUCUGGCUCAACGGAGGACCAGGUUGCUCAUCAGUGGCAUAUGGAGCAUCAGAGGAACUUGGUCCAUUUCGGAUUAAUACGACCGGCUCAUCUCUUUAUCUCAACAAGUAUUCAUGGAACAGAGAAGCGAAUAUUCUGUUUCUUGAAUCACCUGCUGGUGUCGGUUUCUCAUAUACAAAUACAAGCAGUAACCUUAAAGAUUCUGGGGACAAAAGAACAGCUCAGGAUGCUCUAAUAUUUCUACUUAAGUGGCUGUCAAGGUUUCCUCAAUACAAAUAUAGAGAAUUCUACAUUGCUGGGGAGAGCUAUGCAGGUAAACAAUGGAAGGGAAAGGGAGUUCUUUCUUUACAUCACCAAUGCCAUUAUGUUCCUCAGUUGGCUAGGGAAAUUGUCACUUACAACCAAGGGAAUUCCCAUUCCAGCAUUAAUCUCAAGGGGAUUAUUGUGGGUAACGCUGUAACAGAUAAUUACUAUGAUAGCAUGGGAACUGUCACGUUUUGGUGGAGCCAUGCCAUGAUAUCAGAUCACACGUACCGAUCAAUCCUCAACCAUUGCAAUUUCACAGCAGAAAGACCAUCACAGCAAUGUGAUGAUGCUGUAAAUUAUGCCAUGAACCAUGAUUUUGGAGAUAUUGAUCAGUACAGCAUUUAUACACCAUUUUGCUUGACAAUGCUCAACAACACCAACAGGCAUCUGAGGCUCAAAAACACUCUUCUUCGCCGGCGUGUUUCCGGGUACGAUCCAUGCACUGAGAAUUAUGCAGAGAAAUACUAUAACCGGCCGGAUGUGCAGAAGGCAAUGCAUGCAAACAUUACUCGAAUUCCGUACAAGUGGACUGCUUGCAGUGAUGUUCUUAUCAAGAAUUGGAAGGAUUCUGAAGAUUCCAUGCUGCCAACAUACAAGCAGCUUAUAAAAGCUGGUCUGAAAAUCUGGGUUUUCAGUGGGGACACAGAUUCAGUCGUUCCAGUGACUGCCACUCGGUUUGCCCUCAAUCAUCUCAACCUUACUAUCAAAACCCCGUGGUAUCCUUGGUACACUGGAGGCCAGGUAGGAGGAUGGACAGAAGUGUACGAUGGCUUGACCUUUGCAACUGUACGAGGAGCCGGACAUGAGGUUCCCCUGUUUCAGCCUAACAGAGCUUUCAUUAUUUUCAAAUCAUUUUUAGCAGGAAAAAAGUUGCCAAAACGUAACUGA